AUUGGUUACCAUGGUGACGUGUAAACUUUGAAGCUAACAGUAGCUUUUCUAAAGCUAACAGUAACUUCAGAUAUUUCCCUCAAAGGAUUUACUAUUAUUUACCCAGAGUGAGAGUGACUGCUACAGAGACCUGAGGAUGUCCCGGCUUCAGAGUCUGAGACUGGCAGCUGCACUGGAGGUCUGUCCUGACCAGUUGGACAUACUGGGACAUAUUCAGACAGUGCAGAUCAGCAGGGAACACGAGCCUGCAGUGGAGAAAACCGAGCCUAUCCGGCUGAGAAGAGACUGUCAGUACGUCUCACAGCAGGUUUCAGAGCUGCAUUUAGAAAUGGAGGAGGAGCAGAGCUUCAGUUCUCUGCAGCAGGUGGUGGAGGAAAAGGAGCAGAAGAAGAAGGCAGAGCACAUGAGGAGAGAGGCAAAGAGAGAGCUGGAAGAGAGAAAACAAACUCUACAGAGACAACAAGAGGAGUUCAGAGCGAACAUACAUCAACUGCAUGAGAGGCGCAUACUCAUCAAAAACCUGAAAUAUCAGGAGGGUCAUCUGUCAUUGAAGAUAGACAAUGAAAUGGUGGAGAAACACCUUGAGCUAGAGCUCCAGCUGACACAAAAAGAGGUCAGCCAGACUGAGAAGCUGCAGGAGGAACGACAGGAGCUGCAGCAUAAACAGCUGGGGGAGGAGGAGAUAAAAGUUUGUGAGGGCUCGAAGAAAUUCCUGCAAAAUCAACAUGAGAAGUUGCAGAAGCAGCUGCAGGAGUGGCAGCAACACUCAAAUCAAACGGUGCAAGAGAAAGAGCUGCAGCUCAACAGUUUGUACCGCCUAAAAACAGUGAAUCUGGACAGACUGACGGAUAUGAGGAGGAAGUCCAGGGCGAUGGAGCAGGUAGUGGAGGAGGACAGGGUGGAGCAGGAGGUACUGCGCCAACAGCAGGCAGAAAUCAGAGCUGCCACAAAGCUGCAGGCCUGGUGGAGAGGCUGCAUGAUCCGCCGGGGUCUCGGUAGUUUUAAAAAAGAGGAAGACAAGAAAGGCAAGAAGAAGAAGAAGGAAGGAAAGAAGAAGAAGAAAUGAGUCUUCCCCGAAACUCCUCUGAGACGUUGGAACAAUGUAAAAAAAAAAAAACACUCAACCAGAGUCUUCUUUGCUCUUUAUUUAAAAUUGUACAAACAUGUUUUUGUCAUUUUAUAUAUACAGUAUGCAACAAAAUAAAAGAUUAAACUUAUUUUAUACAAUGUUUAAGUCAAUUAAAAGAAGCAGCACACUAUGUGAAGGUAACAUGGCACAUAUCAGCAUUAUAUCAAACAUCAUUAUAUCAUCACAUAAACAUAUCAUUGAUUCAAUAGUCCUCAUAUUCCAUUUUUAUGUACAGUCUGACAAAUAAAAAAAACAUCCAACUGUCAUUUAAUAAAAUGAAACAACAAACA